UUAAUUUUACCUCCGCUGAUCUCUUUUCAAGAUGGCGGCCACAUACCCAAACAAUCAGCAUGUUAUCAUCCUGAGAUGAGAUGACGUUUGAAGCGUGAGACAGAAUCUUCCGUCAGACAGCACAAUGAACAAGUACAACAGAGUCCGGCAGAUUGGGGAGGGUGCGUUUGGGAAAGCCGUUCUGGUCAAACGGAAGGACACAUCGAAACAAUGUGUCAUCAAAGAGAUCAAUAUAACCAAGAUGAGUCCAAAAGAGCGGGAUGAAGCGAGGAAGGAAGUGGCUGUGUUGGCCCAGCUCAAGCACCCAAAUAUCGUGUGUUAUAUCGAGUCUUUUGAAGAAAAAGGAAGUUUAUACAUUGUGAUGAAUUUUUGCUCAGCAGGAGACCUUUAUGGCAAGAUCAACGACCAGAGGGGACGCUUGUUCUCAGAAGAUCAGAUCCUGGACUGGUUCGUCCAGUUGUGCCUUGCGGUGAAACACAUCCAUGACCGGAAGAUUCUGCACAGGGACAUCAAGUCUCAGAACAUCUUCCUCACACAAAACGGUACUGUGCAACUGGGAGAUUUCGGAAUAGCCAAAGUUCUGAACAACACUAUGCAGCUGGCCCACACCUGUAUAGGAACGCCGUACUACCUGUCUCCAGAGAUUGUGGAGAACAUGCCGUACAACAACAAAAGUGAUAUCUGGUCAAUGGGAUGUGUCCUUUAUGAGCUCACGACACUGAAACAUGCGUUUGAAGCUGGCAACAUGAAGAACCUGGUGCUGAAAAUUAUCAGAGGAAGCUACCCUCCAAUUUCCCCACAGUUCAGCUAUGACCUGCGGGGACUGGUUGCUCAACUCUUUAAAAGACAUCCCAGGGACAGACCAACUGUAAAUAACAUUCUGAGGAAGAAUUUCAUCAUGCAAAGAGUGAGAAGACUUUUGUCUGCUCAGGAUCUGGCAGAUGAGUUCAGCCACACGGUGAUGCACGGGCACAAGAUUGCCAAGGCCUUACCCCCAGCCCCCAAGCCAUCCGCUGAUCCCUCCAAAAAAGCCGGCCCCAGCCCCCGACCUGGGUCAGCAAACAGGAAGUACGACCCGGCGGCUGUCUACGGGGCAUCAGUGAGUGCCUCACGCAACAGACUGUCUGGCGACCAGAAGAAACGACCCAGCACCCCAGGUCGACAAGGGCCGCCCGUCCCAGGACAAGCUGAUUGGGAGAAGAAGCAGAAGGACCGGAAAGAGACGGAGCAGAGAAGAAGGGCAGAAAUGAGGAGACGGGAACAAGAAAUGAAUGAAAGGAGGCAUAAAGAUCUCAUAGAAAAACAGAAGGUCGCUAGAAUAAACAAAGCAAGAGAAGACGGCUGGAGGAAUCUUGUUGAUCAGGCAAGAGUGGAUGAGAAUCGAGCGGCCAAUGAGAUGAGACCCAAAUCUCCCCGACCUUUACCUGUGCCAAGGCCUAAUGAAAGAGAUCAGAGAGACCGAGGCAAUUACGAGGCGUACAACGAAUUUAUCGGAAAACUUCAGCGUGAUCGGCAGACUCCGUCCCCCGUGCAACCCCCCCAAGCUCGUAAUGCGAACCAUGUGGACGUUGUGCACAUGGCAGCCCCGCGCCCCCUCCCAGCAGGCCCCGCCCCUCAGAUGCGUCCAACACCCGGCCCGCCACCAUUCAUGGGCCCCAUGGGGGUCCCUGCUGCUCUGGACCAGGCCGGCAGAGACAGGCUCAGACGAAAAAGAUAUACGAAACGGGCUCGGCAAAAAGGCGCUCAGGCGGCAGAGAGGGCGAGAGUGGUGGAGGAUUACAUCCAGAGACAAAAGGAGGCGGCGCUCAACAAGAUGAGGCAGCAGAGGGAUCUGUUUGGGAGACCCGGGUCAGGAAUGAGGACUCCAGUGCCGGCCCCCAACAGAGGUCCUAGUCCUAAGCCUGGACCAGGGAGAGGGGGAGGAGGGGACGGAGGGGGUGGGGGAGGAGCUUGGGCAGGAGGAGGAGGAGGAGGAAACCGUGGAGGGAGAGGAGGUGGCGGAGGCGCCAUGGUUGUGAGAAACAUUGAGGAACAGGAAUAUCUGGAGAAGCUGCGACAAAUCCGAAUGCAGAAUAUGAAGGACAGAAGAGGUGUGAAAGGCGUUCCCGCCGCGGAGAGCCCAGAUCAUGGGAAGGAAGCAGAAGAAAGAAAAAGAAAGGUGGAAGCUUUGAAGGCCCAAGCUGAGCAGUGGGCGGAGCUGAAGAAACAGGACCUGGAGAGACAGAGGAGGGAGCUGUUCCAGAGGGGUGCAGUGCCUUCCCCGUCCCCCGCAGUCCCCAUCACAGGAGCCCUGCACGCAAUCGGGGCAGGCCAGAAAGCCCAACAGCAGCCGGUGUUGAAAGACGGAGACGACAAGCCCCCCGUGCCCCUGACAAACGCCAUGGAGGCUGUGAGAGCAAGUGUGCCGUCAGCCAACUCAGAGAGGCCAAAGACUGCGGAGCAGAAAAAGAAGGACAGUAUUUUGAAGAAAUUGAAUGACAGGACCCCGUCGCGAGGUAAGUGGCGUGAGUCCCCGGCCUCCCCAGUGGUGGCCACCGAGCAGGAGGAAAGCCGAGCCAAGUGGGGCGCGCCGGUCCCAGGGACGGCCAACCUGGCAACUCUGCCGGACCCAGACGACGGGGCGGAGACCUCAAGGUCACAGUGGGGUGAUGGGAAGAAUCUGCGUCUGAGCAAAGUGCCACUGGAGCUGACAGCGUCUCAGAUGGAAGACACGGGCUCGCCCACAAACACUGCGGUGCCCCCGGUGGGCGUAGGUGCCACCAUCACCAUGUCCCAGAAGCCCCCGGCCCAGGGCGGCACCGUCACUUUCGGUACAUCAGUAGCCACCGCCGGCAAGCAGAAGGCACCGAGACCCCUCCCACUGCCCCCAGAGAGAAGUGGUACAAUCGUCAUCUCACGCGACACAGUGGGCGGCAACCUCCCAUACACGAUCCCGACUGUUACCUCCCCUGGCGGGCAAGAGGAAGAACUCCCGUCCUCCUUACACUUUCAAGUGCCUCCUGACGGCGAACCUCUGAAAACGCCAACAGCCACAAACGACCCCCUCAACCAAUCACAAGCAGCGAUCGGUGAAGUAGAACUCCCUUCCUCAAUACGAUUUUUCGGAAACGAGCAAGAGCAAAAUAGUCAGGCGACCAGCUCAAAUAACCCAAGCGGCGUUCCGGCUGACAAAUUGUCAGCCAGUGAAUCACACUCUAGCGACGCGGGUGACAAAUUGUCAGCCAAUGAAUCGCCCUCUAGUGAGGCGGGUGACAAAUUGUCAGCCCAUGAGGCGGAGUACAACAGAGACCGCAGGCUGGAGACCCUGAUGGAGGUGUCGGAGAGCCAGUCGUUGUCCGAGGCUGAGCAGCAGAGUGUUCAGAGCCAGUUCAAAGCUUACCUGACUCACAUGAAGUCUCAGAAAGAUUCCACACACAACACCAUUGAGGAAAAAAGUGGAGAGUUUGGAAAACAAACGUUGAAAAGCCAAACCCUCAGCUUGAAAUCCUCUGGGAAGUUGAAAGUCACAGGGGGAGACGACAGGGAUGGAGCCAGAAGUGUGCAGAUGAAUUUGACCACCGGUCAGUUUGACAUGAAGAACACAUCGUUACUGAGGACGUGCUCUGAGCCAGAUCUUGCCAACUUGUUCCGUACAAUGGCCGCCGAGCCUGAGUCUGAGGCCAACUCCGCUGAGCCGCUCCCGAUGUCGGUCACGCCAUCCACGAUACGACGACAUCACAGCCUGGACCUGAGCGCUGUCGAUGAAGAGACAAUUUUGGACACCGGUGGCAAUGCUGAUGAUGAUGAAUUUGCUGAAGAGGAUCUGGAGAUAUUUGAAGACAAUGAUGACGAUGAUGACAAUGAGGAGGACGAUGAUGGCGAUGAGGACGACGAUGAUGUGCGCAGCAUGAUGGAAACCAUGCAGAGUCUGCUAGACGAGGACGAAGAUGAAGAUAAGGAAAAGACCGUGAAGGCAAAACCUCAGACUGACACAGUCGACGGGAAGAAGAAGAAGAAACCGUCAACGAUCAAACGAGCUCCGAAGGAUGUGAAAGGACAGAAGACGAGUACGGGGGAGAAAGACGGAAAUGACAGUGGGGACGUUUCACCGACCACGGGAGAUGGAGAGAACGACGGUGAGGAGGAUGUUGCCGAUGAUGGUGAUGACGAGUAUGAUGACGAUGUUGAUGACGAGGCGGAGCAGGAGAAGAUGGAGUUGGCAGCUGCUCUGGAGUUGGAGGGAGGUGAGGACAGCGACGAUGAGACCACGUUUGGAGACGACGGGGAGGAAGACUACGACAGGUUCGGCCGGCUGGAGCAGUGCAGAAUGGAGCUGGAGGAACAGCUGGGCAUUGAGAAACUGGUGGAGGUCUAUCAGGCUAUACAGAGCCUUCAGGAGGACGAUGAUGCGAGCAUGGAAAAAGGGACCAAAAUAGCGCUGGAGAUGCUGGGCCCGGCCAAUGAGCAUCUGUUCGCCAAGAUCUUCCAGCUGGUCAUGUCGGACACGGCCUUCACUGAUGAAAAUUGAUACGCGUUUUAGUCCAAGUUUUGAUCCACAUUUAUGAUGGGUAUACAUGAGGUACAGCCAGAUGAACCUGCACGUGUCACCCCACUGUCCGUGAGGUGGACGCGUUGUUUUUCUGGAUGUGUUGACCAUCACAGACUGACCAGUGAUAUUGGCCUUUUGAGACUGACCAGUGAUACUGACCAUCGGAGACUGCCCUUACCUCACAGACUCCGGUCUUUUGUCACGAGAUAUUGCCAUUCACCCAUAUGUUCCAUCUAGAUCCAUAUGUUCCAACUGCGUCUAUAAAUAGUUUGCUUGAAUUUCAAUCAGAAUGGGACUUUCUUAUAAUUUAAAGACAUUUAUAUGAACGUCACUUUAUAAAUGUUUUAAAUGCUUUUAUUUAAAAACUGUAAUUUAUCACUUUAUAUGAAUACAAGUGUAAAAUCUACUAGUUCUGAUUUACAGUAGGUACCAGAAACUAAAUUUUCAAAGUAGAUGUAUGCCAAAUUUAUCUGUUCCAUAUGAAA